AUUCCCACUGUUUGUCUCAGCCGAACCAAAGCAAAAAAAGUUGACCAACAAAAGUACUUUGACCGAAGAAGCAAAGGAAAACCCUAAUCCCAAUUGUGCUUGGCGGUAUCGCUCUUUCAGUUCAGUUGCAACAAACGAAGUUGAACUUCACCACUCUCUCGCUCUCUGCAAUGGCGAAGAAGAAGGAGAAGAAGGUGAACGUCUCCGGAAAACCGAAGCACUCUCUCGACGUUAAUCGCAGCAAUGACAGCAAGAAGGAGUCGCGCUCCGCCGCCACCGUACGCCGCCUCAAGAUGUACAACACUAGGCCCGUUCGUGACCGCAAGGGAAAAGUCCUCUCCAACGAGUUUCAAUCAAAGGACCUUCCCUCCACGCGAAUCCAACCUGAUCGCCGAUGGUUCGGGAACACUCGGGUUGUGAAUCAGAAAGAGCUCGAGUUCUUCCGAGAAGAGCUGCAGAGCCGCAUGUCGAGUAGCUACAAUGUUAUUCUCAAGGAGAAGAAACUUCCACUGUCACUCCUCAACGAUCACCAGAAGCAAGCCAGGGUUCACCUUCUUGAUAGAGAGCCUUUCCAAGAUGCAUUUGGACCUAAGACUAAAAGAAAGCGUCCCAGCCUCUUGGCGGCUGAUUAUGAGUCCUUAGUUAAGAAAGCUGAUGGUUCUCAAGAGGCUUUUGAACAGAAGUAUGAUUCAGCUGUAUCUGCAGAAACUAGUGAUGGAGAUGGAUUUAGAGAUUUAGUGCGCCAUACCAUGUUUGAAAAGGGUCAAAGUAAACGCAUAUGGGGCGAGCUUUACAAAGUGAUAGAUUCUUCGGAUGUUGUUGUCCAGGUUCUAGAUGCAAGGGACCCACAAGGCACAAGAUGUUACCAUUUAGAGAAGCAUUUGAAGGAAAAUUGCAAGCACAAACACAUGGUGCUUUUAUUGAACAAGUGUGAUCUAGUUCCUGCUUGGGCAACAAAAGGAUGGCUUAGAGUUUUGUCAAAAGAAUUUCCAACUCUAGCAUUCCAUGCAAGCAUUAAUAAGUCCUUUGGAAAAGGUUCACUUCUAUCAGUUCUGAGACAAUUUGCGCGAUUGAAACGCGAUAAGCAAGCAAUAUCUGUUGGAUUUGUUGGAUAUCCAAAUGUUGGGAAGUCAUCAGUAAUCAAUACAUUGAGAACAAAGAAUGUUUGCAAGGUUGCUCCAAUUCCAGGGGAAACAAAAGUCUGGCAGUAUAUAACUCUUACAAAGAGGAUCUUUCUAAUUGAUUGUCCAGGUGUUGUCUACCACAAUAAUGAUUCUGAAACAGAUGUUGUGUUGAAGGGUGUGGUACGUGUAACAAACUUGAAAGAUGCUGCAGACCAUAUAGGUGAGGUUUUGAAACGUGUGAAGAAAGAGCAUUUGGAAAGAGCAUAUAGAAUAAAAGAGUGGGAUGAUGAAAAUGACUUCUUACUUCAGCUUUGCAAAUCAACUGGCAAACUUCUGAAGGGUGGUGAGCCUGACCUGAUGACUGCUGCAAAGAUGGUUCUUCACGACUGGCAGAGGGGUAAAAUUCCUUUUUUUGUUCCUCCUCCACGGCUGGAUGACUUGUCUGAGGAACCUAAUGUUAAUGGCAUUACUGUGGAUGAUGCGGUUGAUGGCAAUGAGGCAUCUGCUGCUAUUAAAGCUAUCUCAGAUGUUCUUUCAUCGCAGCAGCAGAUAAGUGUACCUGUUCAAAGGGAUUUAUAUAGCGAGAAUGAGUUGAAGGGGGAAACUACUGAGCAACUUCCAAACACGGGGGAAAAUCUGUAUGAAGAUAGUCUGAACCCUGAUAGUGAUACAUCUGAGCAGGAUCCAGCUACUGAGAUUCCAUCUGAGCAGCUUUCUACUGAGCUAGUCCCAACCAGUGAGUUGUAAGUUUUGGUUGCCGGUAUAGCUGUAAAUUUUAUGUUGGUUUUAUUUCCAUCCUCUAAAAAGCUUUGAAGAGAACAAACUCCUUUUCCCUUUGCAUCGUUCAUGGUUGAGGCCAGUUCCAUGUUGGUACUUUCUUCCCCUGACAAAUGCACGUCAAAUGCAUCCAUUAUGCUCUCGGGAAUGUUGUUUUGAUUAUGUAAAUGAAGCUUCAGUGGAGGUCGUCGACUGAUCUUUGGGUUCAUGAGAGGGAUUUGCUGCUAUGGAGAUCAUAGGGACAUGCAAGAUGUUUUUGGUUAGUUGAGGAUCAGUUUUAGCGGCGUUACCUAUUGCAACAUGGUAGAAAUUUUGUUUUAUAUAAUUGUUAAUUUACCCUUCUAUGAUUCUUAAUUACAAACGAGGAUAUAUGCGAUAUUUUCUUGUUUAAUGCCAUUAUUUAGCCAUUCAUGUUAUGGGAGUUU